GGAUACCAUGCGACUAGAGAUGUUGUCAAAUCUUAUCUUGAAUGUUUAUUGGCUAGAAAUCAUUCGUUGCUUCAAUCCGGAACAAAUAUGGUGGUGGUGAAGGUUUAGAUUGCUUUAUUUUAGUGCCGUUGCCGGUUUUCUUGGACACUCGGCGCUGGCUACGUUUGGCUGAGGGAAGCGAAGAAUCGCGCUGCGACAUGUCCAUUUUCCAUGACGAAGUGGAGAUAGAGGACUUCGAGUACGAUGAAGAUACGGAGACCUACAGCUAUCCGUGCCCCUGUGGGGACCGCUUUCUUAUUACGCGGGAAGAUCUGGAGAAUGGGGAAGAUGUAGCAACCUGCCCAAGUUGUUCACUUAUAGUCAAAGUGAUCUACGACAAGGAACAGUUCAUGUGUGGCGAAGAAGUCUCACCACUUACAGAAAGCAAAAAAUUAGUUAAAUGCUGAUACUUAUUCAGCAAAUAAUAUUCUUGAAUAGCAUGGCAAUGAUUGGACAGAAAGGAUACCUGUUCUGAAGACUUCAUCCUUUAUGCUUUAGUAAUUUAUUGCAUAUCAGCAGCUACUUCAGCUCAAAUGGGAAUGGAUGUGAAAAAAACUAUGUUUACUUGUGCAUAAAGAGACAGUGCAAACAAGUGAUAUUUGAAAGUAGUGAAUAAUCUAUCAAGUUUAAGGCUGAAAAUGAAGAUGGUAGACAUGUAUAUAGGUAUCAUGAAUGCUUCUUGAAUUCUUCUAUUGAACCUGGACUCUAAUUCUUCUGACAAAAUACAAAAUGUAAACUACUGGUUUUGUGUUUUAACAAAGAAAAACUGCAGCUUGUUUUAUAAGAUGGAGACAGUAAUACAAAUCUUCAAAUUCAGCCCUAUAAUAUGCACCAUUUCUCAAUCAACUGAGGCCAUAGGCUUGUUGAAAAACACAGCUUGUAGUUGUUUGAGGAAGACUACUGGGUAAGGAGUCAUGAUGUCACAAGAGGGGAGUGGUAUUCCGGAAAGUGAAGGCUGUUGUGGAGAAGAUUUGCUGUCCAAUCCAUCCCCCAGAUAUUUGUUCCAUAUGAGAUAUGAUAUUCUCAAUAGGCCUUCUCUGGGUAACUAUCAUGGUCACUUAAUUGGGCAAGAUCAAAGAAGCAAGAACUGUAUAGACUUCAUUAAGAUAUCAUUAAUGCGAAUUUUAGGAUAAAUGCAGAAUUUUGGAAACAGAGGAAUUUAUCACCCUCAUUUAAAUCAAUUCAUUAAGGUGGAUUUUUUUUGAAUGAUUUGAAAUUCUUUUUCUCAGGUUUCUUGCUAUCUCAGCUGAAUUGCUAUUUAUAAAAUAAACUACCAAAUCCUCUGUCUCUUGUUAUGUCCAUUCCCCAUAAUCUUUCACAAUAACCAGGCUGACCAAGCAAAUUAAGUUUUAACAAGCCAUUAUUUGAUUUAUCCUUCAUGCUACAUUUAAAAUGACUUUAUCACUAAUAACCAGCACUCUGACUUGAGUCAAGAAUCCACUGAUAACCAGUGCAUCAACAUUAAAAUUGGUGUUAGUUGCUAUAUACCAACUGCACUUUUUUAUUGUCUCAGAGGUAGCACCACACAAAGUAUGUAGUAGAAUCCAGUUGUAGUAAUCAAGAGUGAGUUACUUAUGUCAGUCCACUCUAGUCAUGUAGAGGUGUAAAUAUUAAUUAAAGUCCCUGUCAUAGCAUCCACUUCCUGCUUGAAGCAGAGAUACCCACAGUUCACAAACAUCCCUUGGGUGAAGAGUAUAAAAGAGUAUAAAAACCUAAAUCAAUACCAGAUCUAAUGGGUUUACUCAUGAUUAAUAACUCUUGUCUUAUAGGAUUUAAUCUCAACUUGUUUCUGUCUCCAUCCAGAUCCUUACAGCCUCUAGAUACCAGUUCAGGACUUUAAUGGUAUCUCCAGCUCCUCUUGGGGUGAUGAUGUACAACUAAAAGUAAUCAAAGUACUGAGGAAAAUUGAUCCUGAACUGAUAGAUAUUUUUAUGUUUUAUGUAGAAAUUUAACAAUGUAGGGGAGAGCACGCAGACCUCAUAUUGGGAUUCCAUGAACUUGAGCACUUUCUCCAUGAUCACUGGCUAGAACUACAGUUCAGAUAGCACAGCAAUGGAACCACCAGUUCCCAACCCUUGUAGGUGGUCCAAAGGGACUGUGUUUCGUGGUAUCAAUUGCUGCUGAAAGAUUUAAUAGGAUCUAGGAAGCUUACUCAACCAAUCUAGGGUUUAUCAGGAUUAUAAAUAAACCUUGAUUGGCAAGGGCCUAGAUAAUCCAUUUCUUUGAGGAUUGUCUAAAAUUGAUUUGCUGUCACCUUAAUAAGCUUCCCUAAAAAGUUGAAAACCAGACAACAUUUAUCAAGCAUAACUCAGUUCAAGUAUAUUCAAAAUAAGAUCCACUACUGCAUCUGUUAAGGCAGGCAGCAUUAUUGUCUCUCAAAGAAGCAUUGAUUCCUUGAUUCCAUUCACAACUUGGGAAAGGUAUGGCUCAAACCCAACGGCACUGGAAUUAAAACUAGAGAACCCAUUCAGACAGAGACCCAUAGCCCAGUAUUUGUUUCUUUCAGUGGCCGGUCAGAUAGCUCUGAUUGGAGAUGGAGAUAUAUAGUCCUCCCACUAUUACUCACCAGAACUGAUAUAUGGAAGUAAUACUGAUCCUUGGGGAUGAAUAGUUCCUGAUAGAUAUGUCUUCCAAGAAUUUCUCCAAUGCCCUUUUAAAGCUAUCCUAAUUACUAUAGCAUAAUCUCAUACCUUAUUACAUAUUCUGUGGUAGUAAUGGCUCUCUGUGUUCCUCCUCACAUUCUUUGUAUCAGCCAGGAGUGUGUGAGUCCGAAGAGCAGAUAUUCCACCUAUAAUGGCACCUCUACAACUUUUAGUUUGUGUUGUGCUGUGUCAAAAAUAUCUUUUGUGGAGAAAGUUACAGAUACGUUCUGGUUUUGAAUAAAUGUGGUUUUAUCAUAGAAGCAAUACAUUAGGGAAGGGAUAUGUUAUGUAAAUACUGUUGUACGGUUAUAAAAACAAUAUGUAGAGGUGAACAGUUCAGCCUUCCCCAAAUGCCAGUAAGCCCCACCAUCCAUUUACUUUUGGCAGUUAUGAGGGCAUCUUGAGAAUAUAUGUGGCUGCUGCUUUAAUUUUGCUUUAUAAGAAAGUACUUGGUGCAACAUCCACAAUUUGCCAAAUUUCUGUGACGUAGCUGUUAAGGGGCAGUAACAAUAUAGAAAACUAUUUGUGUAAAAGAGAAAGAUUAUAUAUAGGUAUUUGGGUGUGUAUCUAUCCUGUUCUGGAAUUAUCUUGUUACAGCAGAGUGAUAAACUAUGGGUUAUUAAUAACUAACAUUAGCAAAAUUUAACUAGUGAAAACUGAUCUCAUGUCUCUAUGGAAUUAUUAAUGUAGAAAAAAGUAUCAACAGGUUCAUAGAAAACCAAAUUCUGCCUUACACCCACUCCCAAAAGAGCCCAAUGCUAGCUAUCUCUUUAAAGAAGUAAAAAUGGGAAAGAGAUUUUUUGGUGAAAAUGAUAGAAAGACAUUUCUCCACAUGCUUCAGUUCUGACUAUUUUUGUAUUGAUAUGCCAAGCUGCCUUCUGACAAUGGGUUGCAAAUAAACAGCUUCUUGGAA